AUGACUUGGUCAAAGCCGUUUUUGAAGCUGCAUGACCAGCGACCGUGGCUGUUGCCGCUGAGGUCCUCGCAGUCAUUCAUUGUGACAACGAUUUCACUGUCCAUGUUCACGAAAGAACCAUCAACUAAUGACAUCGAAUCUAGGAUCUCUUUCUUUAUGCCAUGGUACAGAUGUUCUGCCAAAAUUCCUCGAUCCCAGCCUGACCCGUCGCAGAUAGUCCCCGUCAUGCCAAAGGCAUUAGUCUUACGAGCCGGAGUAGCAUUUGAAGACAGGGAAUUCUGGAACAGCGUUCUUCUUAUAUCAGUAGCCGUUUCGGCACUUGCAUUUUGUCCGAUUUUUGGAUACAUGAUAGAUAUUUCUGGAACACGCCAGGGCCCAUAUCUAUCUGGGCUUGUGCUGCUGUUUGGAUCCAUAAUCAUCUUUGCUGCUUCACACUCAGUAGCAUGGUAUAUUGUUGCAAGGGUUCUCCAAGGAGCAGCAACGGCCAUGGUGUCGGUAGCUGGACUGUCAAUCGUGACAGAUGCGGUGGACAGAGCGAGUCUUGGGCAGAUGAUUGGAUAUAUAGGUACUGCCAUGACGUUGGGAUUCAUGUCUGGACCACUACUCGGUGGCCUGGUAUACCAAGUUGGGGGAUUUUAUGCAGUAUGCGGAAUGGCUUUUGGUAUUGUUGCUCUUGACUUUUUUCUACGACUUGCUGUUGUUGAGAAGAGAAUUGCUGAACGAUGGCUGUGCCUCACCGAGGGCGAACGGCCAACACAAGCGAAUGGUUAUGUUUCCGAGCAGCCGCUAUAUGGAACCACUGGCAUUGUGACCAGUGGUGUUGGAGAAGUCCAUGCUGCUUCAGAAAUUUCGAAGGGAACCUUUGCUUUAGGUAAACUUCUGAAGCAACCCAGGAUUCUGAUUAGUCUCUGGGCUGUCAUAGUCGGAGCCCUUGUGGUUUCGGCUUUCGAUGCGACACUUCCCAUUUUUGUUGAAAAUACCUUUGACUGGAACGUACUAGGAGCAGGUUUGAUUUUCCUGCCGGGUGCCUCAGCUGCCAUCUUUCAACCGUUCUUCGGAUUUCUGUCGGAUCGCCUCGGAUCGCGAGUUAUUGCGUUCAUAAGUUUCGUCAUUCUGGCACCAAGUUUGAUAUGUCUUCGCUUGGUUGAGGAGAAAUCAUCUUCACAUAUAGCGCUUCUUUGUGUGAUAUUGGUCAUCGUCGGAAUGUGCAUCGAUUUAAGCGAGCCAGCUUUGCUCGUUGAAAUGCAGCACGUCCUUGAUGACAUGGAAGCUGCAGACCCUGGGGUAUUUGGCGCAAAAGGAGCCGUGGCGCAGGCUUUCGGUCUGGAAAACAUGGCCCAUUUCAGCGGCCUUGCACUCGGACCUGUGGUUGGAGGAUUCGUCGAGUUCCGAUACGGCUGGAAAGCCAUGACUCUCGCGCUGGGAGUUCUGUCGGCAGCCACUGCAGUGCCUAUGUUAUGGCUCAGUGGUCGCAUAGAGGAGGAUUCAUGGACGGAGUCUGCUGACGAGGAGAUGGAACGGGAGCCACUAUUGGGCGAGUAUCCGGAGUAG